AUGGAAGAGACGAAAUAAUUAUAAAAUAGCCAAGGAAAAGGAGAUUUAAGGUAAAGCCACUUAAAAGAGGAGGAAGACUAAGAUUAACUUGAUUACUUUGCACCUCCUAAAUUUGACAACUUGAUAGAUAGAUACUACACUAGAUACUAUAAGAAGGUGAAUCCCAAGAUGAUUUCUGAAAUGCUUGGAAAGCUGACUGAUACGACUUCAGACGAUUAGAGUUGCUUAGACUAGUACUACUUUGAGCAUUCUAAUAAACUGAUAUUAUUUGGCAUAAGUUAAAAGCAUGAAGCAGUGGUUAAUCAUGCAACUAAUCCUAUCAUCAGUGUGAACUUUGAUACUGAUCGUAAGAGACAGAGAGGGGACAAUCAAGUUGUUGGGAAAAGCAAGAGUAAAAUUAAUUCAUUACUUUAUUUGAUCCAUCUAGGUGGGGCAAUAAGACUGGAUCCAAAAACAGUGGUUUGCGAGAUCAAAUGCUAAGAUGGAAAGUACUAUAAAGUUAGAAGUUUCAUCAGUAAUGCUCACAUUCUUGAGCUGAAUAAGAGAUUACUAGCAAACCCAGAGAUACUUGCUCUUAAAGUAAUAUUUCAUUCGUGCUAAUAUUUAUUUACAUAGCCUGAAAAUGAGGGUUAUUUGGCAAUAUUCGGAGUAAAAAAAGGGGAUGAACAAUGCAAGGUAUUGAAUAAAAUUGAGCUUUUGAAUAAAGAUUAGUAUGCAUUAGAGUAGUGA